AUGCGCCGAGACCCUGAGAAGCGCAACAGGUCGAAGUUCUGUCAUUUCCACAAGGAUCACAGGCACAACACUUCUGAUCGCUACGACCUGAAGAGGCAGAUUAAGGGCCUAAUCCAUAAGGGAGGAGGAGAUGGAGUAGGCAGCUCGAGAGGGGAAAGGACGGAUAUGGAGAGGACAAUCCCCCCGAAGUGCACAGACCGACCUGUCGUGAUUAAUAUGAUCUUCGAAGGACCAAGUAGGGGCCAAACGGGGAACAAGCGCAAAGCACUAGCCCGAGAAGCCCGUCAUAAUGUAUGCGCGAGCUUCGCGCAACUCGUCCCCUACCAGAUCACGUUCUCGGAAGAGGAUAUGAGGGGCCUGCAUGACCCAAACAACGAUGCCUUGGUCAUCGAAGCCCAGAUCAACCACAUGACGGUUAGGUGCAUACUGAUCGAUGGAGGUGCCUCUGCUAAUAUUCUAUCGUUUUUUACUUACAUUGCUUUGGGAUGGGACGAGGUCAGCUUAGAUCGAGCCCCACUCCGCUAG